AUGCGUCCAAGGUACAACCGCAACGAAGCAUCAUGGGUGACAUUUAUAACGUGCUGCUUGAGUCAUCUUGCGCUUCUCCCGGCCAUUCGAUAUCUUCAAAAACGGGGAAUGCAUUACGAAGUCUGCGUAUCGGUUUUUUCUACUUUGGUUUCUUUUCUGUAUCAUUCAUCUGAGUCUCUCAGGACACCGCUGUUUCUUUCGACCAUCCGCUGGCAUCGUCUGGAUAACAUCGGGGCCAUUUCUUCCAUUACUAUAGUAUGCCUUCAUGUGUGCUCCUUUGAAUCCGAGAAACUAGUGAAUUAUCUCAAGUAUUUUUUUCUUUUUGUUACUAUCGUUCUUCAGGAAGCUGACCCUUGGAAUAUUUUGUACACCGCCAUACCCAUUUUAUGUGCAUUGGCCAUGGUACUUGUAGCCAUGUUGUUGAGCCCCAUACGGCGGCGGCGUAUUGCGGGAAAGAAUUUAUACGUAGGCAUGGCGUCAUCUCUGUUGGGUGUGAUCUGUUUUGUCCGGGGACUUGACGAGGACAGGGACACGUACCGUGCGUGGCACGGUCUUUUCCACGUGUUGGUAGGGAUGGGCAUUUACAACAUAUUUCUUGCGCUUGGGGAUUGGGGUAAAGGCUCAUACAGUCGUAAAAUGAGCAUGACGUCUCCAAGUUUUGAUGUGUGA